GCCAUGACGUCAUACGUAAACACCAAGGCUAGAUUAAUGGCGAAUGCAACGUCGAAUGCAGUGAAAGCUUUCCAGUGAAAGUUUGUACAACAGUCAAUGUGUUCAAAAGUUUAGGACCAUGGAUUCUGAAGACGAAUGUUUAUACGGUAGUGAUUCAGGACAUGAAUCUAGUAAUGACGACGACGACUUUCCUAUGCCAAUGGAAGAGGCUGAGCCUGGAGUUUCAGCUCAGGACAAAAUCGAUUACGUUGAUGAUUUUCACUACGAAGUUCUAACUCCUGAAAAGAUUGUUCAGCACAUGGUUGAUUGUAUAAAAGAAGUAAACCAAGUGGUUGAGAUACCAGCAACAACCACCAGAAUAUUAUUAAACCACUUUAAAUGGGAUAAAGAGAAACUGAUGGAGAGAUACUAUGACAGUGAUCAAGAAGCAGUAUUUGCUGAAGCUCAUGUGAUCAGCCCUUACAGGAAGCCAUGCCAAACAAAGUCUGGAAAGAGGGCACGAACUUCUCCCGACUCCAAAAAUGAGGAGUUAAUUUGUGAAAUUUGUCUGUGCAACAUGCAUCCAUCGGAAAUUAUCAAGCCAGCAACAAGAUCAUCUGAAGAGAUUUCUCCUGCGAUGAUGACAGGGCUGGAGUGUGGGCACCGCUUCUGUUCCACAUGCUGGUGCGGUUACCUCACCACGAAAAUCAUGGAAGAGGGCAUGGGACAGACCAUCGAGUGUGCAGCUCAUGCCUGUGACAUACUGGUUGACGACGCGACGGUGAUGCGACUCGUCACAGAUUCGAAGGUCCGAUUAAAGUAUCAGCAUCUGAUAACCAAUAGUUUCGUCGAGUGCAACCGUCUGAUGCGUUGGUGCCCGGCUCCGGAAUGCAACAACGUCAUCAAGGCCAGCUAUCCGGAUGCAAGGCCUGUCACGUGCACAUGCACCCACACGUUCUGUUUUGCGUGCGGCAACAGCUGGCAUGACCCGGUGAAGUGCAGGCUGCUCAAGAAAUGGCAGAAGAAGUGUGACGAUGACAGUGAAACGUCAAACUGGAUUGCUGCCAACACCAAGGAAUGUCCGAAAUGCAACGUGACCAUUGAGAAGGAUGGGGGCUGCAAUCACAUGGUGUGUAAGAAUCAAAGCUGCAAGGCCGACUUCUGCUGGGUGUGCCUAGGCCCAUGGGAACCUCACGGAUCCUCAUG